UUAAUCACGCCUGGUCAAUCCUUAUCGCUGAUAGUUAGGAGCAUAUGGCAUGGGCGUGCUCUCUCUCAGGAAACCCUCCUUCCGUAGACUGGGAAAACAUGGAAAAUUUUUGUCUUUCUGGCUUUGUUUUCCGACUCUACUCAGGGAUUGCAAGGCGCACCAUGUAAUGCUAAUGCUCAUCAUCCUUAUAUAAUUUUGUCGACUGCCUUCAAAAUCAGAAUUAGCGCCUGUUCAUUAUCUGAAAAGGUCACAGGUCUGUGAGAGCAUGGCAUGCAGAGCGGAGAGGGUGGUGAUAUCAUUCGCAACGCAAUUAAUAUUUGCGUCACCCCUGACGAGAACACCUCACACGCGCCUCUGUUUCCACCAUUUCCUCCAUCGCUACUUAUCUCCCUUCCCUUCCACACCCUUCUCUUCCCUGGUUUCUUCCCCAUUGACCGCCUUUUUAUCCUUCUCUCUCUCUCUCUAUAUAUAUAUGUGUGUGUGUGUGUGUGUGUGUGUGUUUUUUUACUCCCCCAUUCCCUUCUAUUUCAUCACAUGUCAUUUUCUGCAACUAGUGAGAUUUCAACUACAUGCAAGUAAGCUUUUAAUCCUUGCCUCAGUCAUGGUGGAGCUCCUGGAAGAGAAUGACUCGUUAUCGAGUCGUACGGAAACUGAAGAGGACAACGAAGCGGAAGAAGAUAUCGAGUAUGAGCAGAUCAAGAAGCGCAUGUGGAAGGACCGGAUGCUUCUACAGAAGCUCAAGGAUAAACGUCUCAGAGAUGAACCGGACCAAGGCGCAAAACAAGAAGCAUCCAGACGCAAGAAGCUGGCGAGAGCGCAAGAUUCAAUCCUCAAGUACAUGGUGAAGAUCAUGGAAGUCUGCAACGGUCAAGGUUUUGUCUAUGGAAUCGUCCCCGAGAAGGGAAAGCCGGUAACCGGUUCCUCCGAUAGCCUGCGGGAGUGGUGGAAAGAGCAAGUGCGCUUUGACCAAAACGCCCCUCUUGCCAUUGCCAACUACUUGCCGCUGAUUGAAAAGGGUCAGGUCGAUCCGGUGUCCUGUAUGCACCUGCUUCACGAAUUGCAGGAUACAACGUUAGGCUCUCUGCUUUCCGCUCUCAUGCAGCACUGUGUGCCUCCCCAGAGGAAGUUUCCUCUGGAGAGAGGGCUGGCUCCUCCGUGGUGGCCCAGCGGUAACGAAGUCUGGUGGGGUGAACUGGGAGUGAUGGCCCAGGAGCACGGUCCUCCGCCUUAUAAGAAGCCCCGUGAUCUGAAAAAGGCCUGGAAAGUCUCCGUCCUGGCCGCAGUCAUCAAGCACAUGUCUCCUGAUUUGAACAGACUGAGGAAGCUUGUGACACAAUCCAAGUCUUUACAAGAUAAGAUGACGGCCAGAGACACCGCGACCUGGUCCAAAGUUGUGAACCAGGAGGAAGCGCUGCUAGCUUUGACAAAGAAGUGCCUCAGAAUAUCACCGUCCGAAGAAGAAGAAGAAGAAGAACAAAGGGGAGCGUUUGGUAAAGAUGGUUCUGGAAAUGCCGAGAGUUCCCAGAAGAAUGAAUUAAAGGAGGGAUUUCCAGACAGGUCUGCCGGGGCUUCCCUUCUUAAUCCUUUCCGUGAAUAUCUGUCGGGUGACGCGCAAAUGGCAAGCGUUGCAGAUUGGAUGAACAAGGAGCUAGAAAAGGCUAAUGAGCUGAAUUAUUUGAGCGUUGGAGACUGCGGAGGCUACUGGCUGGAUGGGGUUGAUGACACGGAAUUGCGUUCUGCACUUGAGAUUGUGCAAAAUGACCACGUCCGCAUGAAUCAAUCUCCACACCAACACAAUGCUGAGGCCCAACAACGUACCUCUAUUUGGGACUUGACCUAUGAAGAAGCUGAUGAUUAAAUUACUUCUAUUUGUCUUAAAUUUUCGUGUCUUUGCUUUCGGGGGCUUGUCAUUCCAAAAGUUGAUGAGGGAAACGUAAUGCAUCCUGUACGUGUGUUUUACAAAUAAAACCUCGAUAUAUUUUUUCCCGUCUAAU